AUGGCCUUGGUUUUGAAAAGCCACGGUCACCGGAGCUCUGUGCGGCGGCGCCCGGACCAUGCCGUCUGCCAAGCAGAGGGCGGAGUCACAACUAGUGAGGAGAACGAUGAAGCAGCGAAGAACGCUGUUGUAGAGGCAAAGCCAGGUUUCGUGAAAUCGCUCAGCCCGCUGCCGCUGGAGCAGAACACGGUACACCUGGUGAGCCGGAUGGGCUUUGCGGAGUUCCUGCCCGGGGCUGCCGUCCACAUAGUCGCCGCCCUCGUCGGGCUUGUUCCCCUCUCCGUAGGCUACUCGGUGGCAAAGCUGUGGAGCCUUGGGGGCUGGCGGUUGGCGGAUUCCCGAAGCUUCAAGGCUGGAUGCUUCAGCUUCAUCUACGCGAAUGGCAUCUUUCCGAGUGUGUUUUGCGACUAUGGCAACAACAACUUCGGACCGCUCCCGGCAAAUGAGGAAGACCAGCAAGCGAUGCUAAGGUCCACUCCGAUCAUCGUCGCCAAUCACGUUAGCUACCUCGAUGUUAUGGUGCUGCCCCUAGCCUUGCAGAUGCCGAAGUUCAUGUCGAAGGCCGGUGUUCGACAUGCACCUUUGUUCGGCACGCUUGGAGAUGACCUGGAAUACAUCUGGGUGGAUCGCGGAUCGAAGGACGCACGAGGUGCUGCCUUGGGAGCCAUCAAUGAGCAUGUCGCCGGCUGGAAAGAUGGAGAUCGACCUCUGUUGAUCUUUCCAGAGGGAACCACUUCGAAUGGCACAUCGCUGCUGGAAUUCAAACAAGGUGCCUUCGUUUCGGGGGCUCCCGUGCGGCCUGUGCUCUUGAAGCACACUGGUGCCUGGAAUCCUGCCUGCACGGAUUACCUGAUGACGGACGAUGGCCAACGUUCCUUGUACUCUGACGGCGAAUGGGCAAUGAACUUCUGGGCGCACCUGUUGCACAGCUGUACCAUCUUCAUCUGCGAGCCAUAUUAUCCAUCUGCCGAAGAGAAGGCGAACCCCAAGCUUUACGCAUCGAACGUACGCGCGUACAUGCUGGAGAAGCAGCGCGAGCUCGAGCCACUCGGUUUGACUACUGGGUGGUGGCGGCAUGUGGCUGCAUCUCAGUAUUCGCACAGCAGCAACCAACAUCACGAAGACAGCUUCAGCUUUCAGUUUGUCAGACUGUCGGCAUCCGUCGUUUCCAACUUGCCAGGACUUGUCCAAGUGAGAGUGUACUCAAAAUCCAAAGCCCUCGAUAUGUGA